GCCAAAACGCAGGAGCGCAAAACCUACAUCUCAUUUCUUCAAUUCAAUCGCCUGCUGUACGAAACCACCUUGGAUACUUAAGCGUGUUUCUAAAUGACUUUCUUUCUCUGAAACGGGAGUGGAAUGAUACUUUACUCAGCUUAUUUGCAGAUCAUGACCAUUUUUGUGGAUGCGCUCGUGCUGCACUUGUUGCGCUGAGGCGAACAUCAGAAUCUAACGGACUGAUAUUUAAAGAUCGGCGCACUGACAUCGUUAAAAGAUCAUCGGUACAUUUUAGUUUACCAGACCCUUUCCUGAAAACUCGAAUUAAAAGGGGACAUCCAAGUUUCACCCAAAGAUGCCCGUGUUAAUGAGUCCCGAGAUAGCGAACAAAUUCAAAGAGAAAUGGAUGAUGCUUCACCCGGAGGAUCAGGACAACGUCAGCGGCUCCAUUCAUUUUGACGACAGUCUCACAAGUCUGCACUGGCUGCAGAACUUCUCCAUCCUGAGUGCCAGUCCGGACAGGACUCCCACCUGCCAUCCCCAACACCUUUUCUAUCACAAAAACCAGCUGGGGGGAACGGACUCACCCUCGAGUCCACCUGCCGGAGAUACCGCGGCCACGGGGAUGCCACAGACACCCGGGAAUCCCACAACCUCCUGCAGCAGUCUGGCCAAUGCGUACGUCCACCAACAAGCAGGACACUACAUAACGGGGCAAACAAAUCCGUCCGAGGAGAUAGACUAUAAAACAAACCGCCACGUGAAGCCACCUUAUUCAUAUGCCACGCUGAUUUGCAUGGCAAUGCAAGCUAGUAACAAAACCAAAAUCACUCUUUCAGCCAUAUACAGCUGGAUCACAGAGAACUUCUGCUAUUACAGAUACGCAGAGCCAAGCUGGCAGAAUUCAAUCCGCCACAAUUUGUCUCUGAACAAGUGCUUCAUGAAGGUGCCCAGACAGAAGGAUGAGCCAGGAAAGGGAGGCUUUUGGCAGAUCGACCCCCAGUACGCUGACAUGUUUGUCAAUGGCGUUUUCAAACGCCGGCGAAUGCCUGCCACACACUUCAAUACCCAGAGACAGAGCAAAAUGCUAUCCUCCUCCAGCUCCUCUUUAGGCUCCCAGUGCAACCAAACCGGCCAACAAAUGGGAAUGGGCCACUUCCAAGGAAACAAACGCAAACAGGUCUUCCCCAAACGAGCAAGCAAGCUUGCCAGAGUCUCCAAGUCCCCUCUUUUAACCACAGAGAUCAAAACAUCAGACGUACUGAGAGGUGAUUUCGACCUGGCCUCUGUUUUUGAUGAUGUGCUCAGUGGGAAUGACAGCACAUUCGAGGAUCUGGAUAUCAACACAGCCCUGAACUCGUUGGGGUGUGAGAUGGACCUAUCUGCACAGAACCAGCACGGGCCUGGCUACAGCAACGAGGACGAGCAGGCUUGUGCUUACCUAGAGGCGAAUGGCAUGAUGGGAUGCAACAUGGAGGACUUUCACCACCAGCAGCAUCACCAGCAGGUGCAGGUUCAUCCGCAAUAUUACGAAGGAACGACUCUGUUCUCGGAUCAGGUUCAGCAGCAUCAGCAGCACCCCUGGGAGAUAAAAGAGGAAGUCCAACCCAUCCCAAUUUCCUUGGAUCACGGCUAUGGCAUCUGCGAGGGAUUCCUUUCGGAGAUGCAACUGUGGGAGAGAGCAGAGUCAUAUCUGUGAAUUUAUUAUUGGAAAAACUCUCUGAUGAAUAUGCACUGUCUUUGCUGGUCUGAAGACCUGUUGACUUUUGUUUUGCUACAUUAGCAUAAUGAAUUAUUAAAGAUAUGAAAAGUUAUAUGUAAUUAUUCUUUGUACUUCUUUUUUGCAUUUUUAAAGAACUUAUAUACCAAUUCAUUUAUAAUCAACCUUGAUUCUUUGUUGGAAAUUUCUUAAGAUGCAGAUAAAUAUUGUUGUGGGACAAAUCUAUAGUUAUUUAGGGUAGUGACAUUUUGGUCCUGUACUGAUUAAUUGAUCUAAUAUAUUCAUUUUAGCUGACCUGAUAUUUUAUGUCAUGCUAUGUAAGUCUAACAGAAAAUAAAUACAAAUUAGAUAUUCGAGGGAAAAGGGAUGCAACAGGCCAAAGUGCUUCACAAUAUCAUUUUCAGAGAAAAAAAUUCAGCACAAGCACUUUGAAACAUUAGCUCAGUUUGUUGCCCAGUGAUUUAGCCUUAUAAUUUAUUUUCUCUCUUUUACGAUGAUCUUCAAUGAGAGUGAAAAGUGUCCCUUAAGAUGUCUCAUAUGUUUCAAAAUGCAACACUUGUGGGAGGCAAUUUCACAUGGCGAUGACUGUUCUGGAAGUGUACUUGUAUUCUUAAUUCUUUGAAAAAUGAACAUGCAACUUCAAAUAUAUUCUG